UAUUCACUUUUCAAUAUUUUUCAAGCACUAUUAUUACUGUCAUGGAUCAUAGAUAUGAGUCUUCUGAGACUCUUAGGAACAAAUGUGCAGCAUGCUAUAGGCAGUUCAACAAAAUGGAGCAUCUAGUUGAACACAUGAGGACAUCUUAUCAUUCAGUUCAUGAACCCAUAUGUUGGAUUUGUAGAAAACAUUGUCGAUCUUUUGAAUCUUUGCGAGAGCAUCUCAUUGGACCAUUGCCAAAGGCUGAGUGUGAGAAGAUUUUCAAGGAACGUGGAUGUGAUAUUUGUUUGACAUUCCUUGCUAGCCGGAAUGCACUAAGGGCUCACAAGGAAUCAUGUCAAUUCUCACGCUCAAAUAAUGGUUUGCUCUAUCGCAUGACUAGGUUGGGAUUAGGUUUUCAAGAUGACCUAAAAAUUGGCAAUAGUCAAGGAAGAGUUGUUGCUCUUUCCUGCAAAAUGGUGGGCGGUGGCACCGAUGGCUCUCUUGAUAUUUGUGCAAGAGUUUGCCUCAUUGAUGAACAUGAAAGAAUCCUCUUUGAAUCCUAUGUUGCACCAAAUAUUCCCAUCACUAACUAUAGGUAUGAAAUAUCGGGGAUAAGGCCAGAAUACAUGAGAAAUGCAAUGCCACUAAAGCAAGUAUCAAGAAAAAUUCAAGAUUAUCUUUGUAACGGGGAACCUAUUUGGCAAAUUCGUACUAGAAGUGGAAGGGCAAGGAUCCUUGUUGGUCACAAUUUGGAUCAUGAUUUAAAAUGCUUAGAAAUUGAGUACCCAACAAUAAUGAUAAGGGAUACGGCAAAAUACCCUCCACUAAUGAAAACAAGCAAGCUGAGCAACUCACUCAAGUACUUGAGCAAAGCUUAUCUUGGAUAUGAAAUUCAGAUAGGAGUGCAAGAUCCAUAUGAUGAUUGUGUUGCAACAAUGAGGUUGUACAUGAGAAUGAAAUCACAAGUUCAUAAAAGGGAGAAUUAUCCACUUGCAACUGACCCACAAAAUCGUAAUAAUUUUGCAUCAUGGAGGGAAAAUGAGCUUGAGAAGAUGAUGCCUCCACAAUUACUAGAAAUCUCACGGUCUGAUUAUUAUUGUUGGUGUUUGGAUUCCUAG